GUCGCGCUGGAGAUGAAGCAGGACGCCUUCUCCGACGCCGCCACCGCCUACUUGGACAAGCUGAAGGAGGACGCCACCGAGGUGACGCUGAGCAUUCCAUCCGGAGAGAAGACCGGUCCCAGUAAGACUCCUGUCCGCCUGACCGUGACGAAGUCAAAUGAAGAAGUCAACCGCACCGUGGACUCGCUGUCCACGCCGGAGUGGCAGAAGAUCCUGGAAAGGGGCGGGGAUGUGCUAGAAACGGAAACGUGCCACUUCCAGCACAUCACAUACGUGGACCCCCCAGCGUCAGGCGGCGAGAUGGUGAUCCUGGACUGCAGCCUGCUGAAGUACGCCAUAGUGUCGGGGCACCACAAGAACGCCGAGCACGCGCGCAAGGCCUUUGCUCUCACUCCCAAGUUGGAGGAAUAUUGCAACAGCGCGCUCGCUAGGGAUCCGUACCUGCCCAAACCCGAGGAGCUGUGCAUCGCGAUGUGCCCUAUUAGGAAGCGAUGGCUCCGCGCCGUGAUGAUGCAACAGGAGGGCGGGCCGGGCGGCGCCGAAGCGCAGAUCCUGUUCUACGACUACGGGCACGUGCGCACGCUGCCCGUCGCCGAGCUGCGCAAGAUGAUGCCCGAGCUCGCAAGAGGGAUACCCGCCGCCGUCUGCUCCUUGGUCAUCAAAGGCUUCCCGGAGAAUCCAACGCCGGAGCAGCUGUCGCGUGCCCGGAGCCACCUGGGGAUGAGCGCGGACGGCGACGUCGGCCUCCUCACCGUCACCAGCGUCGCCCACCAGGACCUCGCCGAGUACCUCGUCACCGCGCCGGACCUCAUCAGGGCCAUACAAUAAUCAUACACUUACACUAAGGCCCGGUACCGGUUUUUUCUUCAUCCAAAAAUACCGGUUUUAUUACGUUCUUUACUGUCCGCGCGCCAAUUCCGUGCAUUCGGUGGUCGGGGAAAUGGGGGGGUGUGCGCCGCGCCCGUACGUACAAAAUGACACCACUCUGUCAUGACGCCCAACAUUCCUAACAUACCUCAGCCGUGCACGGAAUUCGCGCGCGGACAGUUGUUUAUUAUUUCAUUUUUAAUUAGACAAUCUCAUAAUACGAAGUUGUUACCUAAAUACAUGAUUCGGUCCUACUUAAAGAGCAUAAAAUUAUUUAAAAUAUUGGGCUAUUUCGAAAUUUAAAAAAAAAACCGGUUCCGAGCCCUGCAGUAGUGACUACACGACAUCAGCCUAGCCUAAAGCGGGAUUUACAUUACGAAAUCAGUGUCGUGCAUGUUGAAAUCAGUUUCACGAAACCGGUUUUGAUAUAUAAGUAAUUUCGUGGAAUAAUUAGUGUCGUGAAAUUCACAGUAUCGCAGUGACCAUGGCUCCAUCGGCAUCGAAGUUCUACGUCCACACGGCGCAGUUACGCGACACUAGUUUUUCACGUCGCAUUUACACUACAAUAGUACAUUAUUGUCGAGGCUCGGAAGUAGCUACUUACUGGCUCAGGAUUCGUUUUAAACGGACGACCUUGGGAGUCCGUUUAAUUGAAUCCGAAGCCAGCAAGUAGCCUUCCAGCCGAGUCAUAUAUAGUGCUUUUCUCAAAAAUGGCGCAAUAAAUGCAAAUAUAAUAGAAAUAUUUUACAGAAGAUUUUUAUUCUUAUGUAUAUAUUUUCACAGAAAAAAGUAAAAAGACUUGCUUUGCCGCCGUUUUGUUUUUUAAUUAAAAAUGGAAGUGUAUUUUUCUGCUGAAAAUACGCCAACCUAUUUGAGACACCUAAAUAGUCGCGGUACCAACAUUAUAAUAAUAAGUACUGAUCAUCUGUUUGGCUGUUUAAUGGACCCAUGCCUUCAUUUGAUAUGGCCACUUUAACUUAUAAAAACUUUGGAACUCGACAAAUAAUGGAAUUUGUAUGCAACAUUGCAGUCCCGAAAUCGAGACUGCAAUGUUUUUAACUUUUUAAUUUUUUUACUCACCAUAAACUACGCACUUCGCGACCUACUUUUUAACCGGCAACGUCGACUUUGGACGCAUUAUUGAGAAAAAUUAGUUGCAUGACACGAAUUUCACCAAAAAAUCGCGCAGGGCACGAAAUUGAUUUGCUCUCAUGAAAUUAAUGCAUGCAUUACGAAAAUUAAUUACACGUGAAACUGUUGGUAAAACUACUGUCUAGAAAUCAAUUUCACACCACUAAUUUCGUAAUGUAAAUCCCGCUUAAGAGAACAUUGUGUUGUAUUGUUGUUGUUGUUGUUUUGAUCGUUGACAGGCAAUCUUGUGCAUUCUGUGGGUAGGUUGAAAAAACAAUGUGCAACCGAUAUUGUAUAUAUAUAUAUAUAUAUAUAUAACACAACAGGAAAUAUAUAACAAACGUGGUUAAGGAACCCCACUUAAAAUGCAACUGAACCCAAACUGAAAGUAGUAAUUUUAAUGAAAAAUAAAAGAAAAAUACAAGCAAAAAUUGUUUGAUCUAUUCGCAAUUUUCAUAAAACUGUCAAAUUAUCCGUAAAUUAAAUUUAACGAUUCCUGUUCAGUGGUAUUAUAAGAAAUAUUGAAAACCUGAUAUUAUUUUGUUGUCUAGAAACAUUGAAAACCUGAUGAUUUCAUACAAAUAUUUGUAUGAAAUCAUCGUUAAAUUUAAUUUACGGAUAAGUUGACAGUUUUAUCAAAAAUUGCGAAUAGAUCAAACCAUUUUUGCUUGUAUUUUUCUUUUAUUUUUCAUUAAAAUUACUACUCACAGUAAAAUUUGUAUAAUAUGUUAAUAACAUAUACCUUUUUUUUCCUAUUUAUACCUAGAUUUGAUUUAUCUCAUACUUUGACAUUUGUAUUUAUAAGUUGACAUAAGCAAUAAGUAUGUUAGUUUUUUACAAGCAGAAACGUCUGCGAACAAUGUUAUUAAGCUUAGAAUAAAUUUAAAAGAGGGUCCUUAAAGAUUUAGGGUCCCCUAGACCCAUAUAGAGGGAAGAUUUGCUAUGGAUGAGGUCUCGGUGGCUCAGUUGGCAGAGCGCUGGAGUAUCGAUCCAGAGGCCGUGAGUUCAAAUCUCAUCCAAGGCAGUAAUUUUUCCACUUUAAAAUUUAUUCUAAGCUUAAUAAGCAUGUUAUUUAUUAUAAGUUAUCUAUUAUUACUUCGUAAUCAUUUGUGACAUUUUCAACCAAAAGGUACCACAUUGUCGCUUGUUAAUAAAGUUGAUUUUCAAUUGAAGCUAUAUGGAAAUAGCGCCUUAUUUACAACCGACAAUAAGUGACCGUUUGAUUGAGAACGGCACAUUUUAGUCUCGCAAUAAGCAUAAUAUGUAGAUUAUAGUAAAAUAUCAAACGGGUGAAUCAACUUAUUGGUGUCGCUCGUUCGCUGUCCAAAUAUAACAGGGUUCUAUGUUACAUUUUCAAGAUAGUUGAAAUUCGACUUAAUGUCACUAUGAUAAAGUUCAUAUUUCAGUUCGAUAAGUGAAACAUAGAACCCUGUAAUAUUGUGCCAGCGCGUUGCCAUGGUUAUUUACCCAUGGGCAUCUCUUAACACAUUCAAUUCCGAAAACCCGACUGUCGGGUAUUCUGUGGUUUCGUUCCCAGGCCGUACGACCCGAUAGUCGGGAUCGUUGUAUUAAUCAUACACGGUGUUACUUGAGCCACUGAAAACCUGAGACGCCCCAACAGUUUUUAUUUAUUUUAAACACAUCUUGAGUAUUUAUUCUUUAAUCCGAUAAAUAUUUUUAAAAAUAUUCGUUGUUUAGUUUUCUUAACAAUUCUAUAUAUUCGACUGGUAAACAAGAUAUUUCGUCAUAUUGUCUUCGGUUACCGCGAUAGUUACUCAUGAAAUAAAACUAUGAAAACGGAUUAUGAUUGUUCAUUAUUUUAGUAUGUGGGUAUUUUUGCACUUUGUAAUUUUUCCUCAGUCACCCGUUGACCACGAACGCUGUAAAGGGUUCGAAACGUCGGGGAUUAUAAAUUCAAUAUACGCGAUAUAAUCCGUUUUCAUAGUUUUAUUUCAAGAUAUUUCGUCGUUUAAGUGACAUCAAACAAUUGCUAGUUACCAUCGUAAACACUGAUAACUGACCAUUUGCAUACCUUACUGCAACGAGAUAAGGUUUAUGGCCAGUCAAGGGUGUUGCUCAUUGACAAUUAACGUGUCAAAUGCUAGUUAUUGAUAUUGUUACAUUACAAACUUGUAGACUGAGCAUGUAAAAAAAUAAAAAAAAUACCCCCAUUAAAAUAUAGCGCAAUCGAUUCUCCUAUCGAUUCUGAACAAACCGUUUUUAUGUUUUCAGUGGGUCAUGAAACACCGUGUACAUAUAUAUGGCUAAAUUGUUGUGGCCUGGCGCGGAUGUCUUGUGUGGCUGGGUGGAAAUGAAUGUGUUAAUGAAUGUAUCAGGCUGUCAAAGAGAAGGCAGAGGACCGCGAAACAUGGAAAUUGCUCCACCGACAAGAGACUUACUCUUAAGUAUAUGAUGAUGAUGAUUUAAAAAAACAAAAAGAGUUGAUCCACCCAAAUAAGCGAUAAAUGUAAAAACCUGCCGAGUGCGUGUCGGACCACGCACAAUGAAACCGUGCCUUCACACCAGGGAUGUUGCGAAUAUUCGCAUCCGCAUUUACAACCGCGGAACUUCCGCAUUAUUUUCAACAUCCGCAUCCGCAUAAAAUCGAUGCGGAGCUUAAUGCGGAUGCGGAUGUGGAACAGGUACAGGAGCGUCUUAGCGGCGGCGUAAGUGCUAGGUAAUUUCGUUAUUAGCCAAUAGGAAUCUCGUUUCGUUUUUGUGAUUCGACGAUCGAGCACUUUAGCCUAUGACGGACAGCGACAAGAAGUGAAAAGUUUGUUUUAUUUGUACUGUAGUAUAGUAAUGCGAUAGUGAGGCACCUAUAUAGGGAAUCGCACAAGAAUAUAGAUAUUUUUGUUCAAAUACUAGGUUUCUUUUUUUUUUAAAUAAAAAUUACUAAAGUGUAAUAUUUUACGUUUUUUAUGUGCCUAAUCUCGACAUCCGCAUCCGCGGAUGUGAGCCUUUCCGAUCCGAUCCGAUGUGAAAAAGUCUGCAUCCGCAACAUCCCUGCUUCACACAGUUAAAAAGUGAAGUGAGCGAAGUUUUGAGACGGGUACCGCCGUGGCCGAGUGGUCUAGUGGUCAGGACGUUAGCCGCGUAAGCUAAAGACGCGGGUUCGAUUCCCGCCUCGGCCACCGGUGGACUUGGUCAAUUUUUCUUUAGUGUAUGAUAUCUAUUUCAGUUUAUAAAUGUCAAGUCCAUUUUUGUAACUUUUUAAAGUAAUAGUGCAUCUUCGAUCUUACCUUCACUCCAUCAGGUAACAAAUAAUGAUUCAUUAUUAAUGAAAUAUGAAAUACUUGUUAAUAUUACUCCGUGGCUGGCAAUAUUGACGACCACUAAAGAAUUAUAGGCGUUUUCAAGCCUGAGAAAUGGUUCCCGCAUUUGUUUUUAUUUGUUACGUCUGAAAAUAUCAAUACGGUCGUAGCCGAUACCAUGGGUCUCCCGGUAUGUAGCGAAAAUGCUUCGUAGGGGCAAAACGCCAACGUGUCGUGAUUAGCGCUGAAUGAGUUAAUAUGUGGGCAAUAAGGUCGUGUAUAUACGUUCGACAUUUCGUUCGUAUUUUCCCUGGACGUGUGUCAAACGUCCAGUUUGGUGGCGACGUAGCUGGGCAAGCAUUUCCGUUAUCCUGGCGAAGUACGUGUUCGUACAGAGGUCGCUCCAAUCGCUCUUAAAAGACUGGCGAAACUUUACAAAUAUUCUUCUUCUUAGUCGUAUACUCUUGUCAGAGUAUUCGUGGUGAUUGAGGUCGUUCCGUGGCCUUUUUUACUAUUUUCCGUCAUUUUUCCCUACUUCGUGUUUUACACACGCACAACUUUAAGGGUGACCUGGUGAGAAUCUUCACUUGGUCGGUCCAUCGCAUUGUGGGGCGCCAUCUGUGGGUGGGUCGUUUUCCCUGCGCGUAACGUGACCGAAUAUUGCGUUAAUUACAGUCUUUAGACUGUUAGGUUUUUUCCUGUCUGAUCAUUCAUCUGUUCAGGCAAUAAGUCGGGCUAAAAUAAUUCUUUCCCCCUGACCUCUUUGAUACUUCAGAAGAAAGAUUCAGAUCUUUGUCGGUCCCUCAUUACUGAGGAUCAUGACCACUUGGGUUUUGCAGUCCCUGCGAUCGGUUCCGAUCUCCCGUAGCCUUCAUCGCUUGAUGGAGUUCGCCUGAGAUGGCCUUGGGAUUUAGAUAGUCAAAAAUCACUCGAUUUUUGAGGAAGGCUUGAUAGGGAUGUUAAUUUGGUAUCUGACUAUUCCUUGUUCGGAUUUUGACUUUUCUACUCCGGAUAGUCCGCGAUGAAAAUACGUGAUGUAUUUUCUGUGGUUCUUCUUGGAUUACGUUCAAUAAACGUUCAGGUGAAGUCUUGGUGAAGUCUUCAAACGGAAGACUGCCUCUGUGGCAGCUAUUCUCUAUUCCGUAAUUUAUUACAUUAUUCAUUUUUAAAUCAGUUGGUGCUGAUAAAGAAGCACUUUCAGUCUACAAUGAUUUCGUCCUUUCAAUAAAACGAAGAACUUUUUCUGCCUCUUAAACUUUCAAAAGCGAUAGAGGCAAAUAACGAUUUUUGAUUUUUCGAUGUUGGCUGUAGGGCCUCAAGAGUCCGGUCUCGUUAUAAUCAUAACGUUAGACCACGCUGACUGUACAUUUUUCCCCAAUGGUUUCGGGAAGAUUUUCGUUGAGAAGAGUACAGUGUUUUUGUCAAAGGUUCCCAGUUAGUUGAAAGGAUCUUGAAUUUUUCCGUUGACGUGUCAACAUAGCGAGUUAGUAUUUGUGGCGUAAAGCCAGUGGACUUUGGUGAUUGUACUAUAUUCAGAAGAACCUAGCUUGGCUUACCGGUAUGGUUCCGGUCUGCUGCUGGCAGAGGCCUCUGCUGGUGGCUGCUUUCUGGUAUCCUUUCUUUAUUUGGAGCAUUUUAAAUAGGGUUUUUUCACUGAAUUCUAUUUUGUAUUCGUGCUGGUUUAUUCACGUUUAUAAUGACACUGAAGUUGUCAGUUAUUUGGUUUUUCCAGACCUAAUCGCACUUAAACUAUCGUGAGACAUAUUUCAAAAUAUUUAUCAGUACGGUUUUUACUCACUAUUAUUUUUAGUCGCUUUUGGCGACAUGACUCCAUCUGCGGACUGCCCCGCGCCCCCCGCCCCCGCCCCAUCAGCGCGUGCGCAACGAGCGACGAGGCGGGCGGCGCGGGCAGUGCACGACGUACAACCGCCGCGGACACUCGUGCCUGAGGAUGGAUUCCCAAAGAAUCCGAAACAUGUCGCCAAAAGCGACUAAAAAUAAUAGUGAGUAAAAACCGUACUGAUAAAUAUUUUCCAGACCUCUUGUGGCACCGGCCAGUAGCCGCGCUACUUCUAAUGAGUUAAUAUAACAUUUAGGUGGGAUACUAAACAGUAUUCUUAUUUAAUGUUGCAAGCGUCCAUGCUUACGGACAAUGUUCGCUGUCCAUUUUUCGAGCGUUCGCGGGUCCUGUGCGUACAGUACGUAAUACUUGCAUCAUUAAUUUAUCUAAGUUUUUUCCCCUUAUUGCUACGGACGGAACAUUGUUGAGAAGUUAUUUUCAUUACGUCCAUGAGAUUUUUUAGCUUAUUUCUUCAAUGGUGAUGUAGAUAUUCUUAUGAGAAAUGUUAUUUUCCCAUGAUAGAUACUUAGCUAUCAUGCAUUUUUCCAACUGCUAACGUAAUCUGGCUUUUAUAUAUUUAAACGUAGUACGUCGGUCCGCCAACGCGUGCUCCCGUUGAAGCUUCUCAUUAUGAAGCGAAACAUGUCGAAUAAUCAUCGAUUUAAAAUACGUAAGUGUUCCGUUUCAAUUUGCAAUAGAAUCAUCAUUGCCCGCCGGCGUAGCUACGCCCGUAACCAAUCAAAUCGUACAUUUCGGAGAGUGUGCCGAGGAACUGCACAACCUUAUUCCUCCGUCCCAUUUUUACCAUCGGACCACACGACAAACGGCACUCCGGCAUCGCUUCAUGGUAAGAAUUCCAAAAAUACGCACGAAGCGUUUUGCUUCCACAUUUCUUAUGCGAACUGCCAAGGAGUGGAACGCCCUGCCCGAGUCUGUGUUUCCGCAUGAGUACAAUUUGGAGCUCUUCAAGGCAAGAGUUAAUAGGUAUCUCAUAGGUAAGCGUGCUCCACCGUAGACCACAUCAUCACUUACCAUCAGGUGGGAUCGUGGUCAAACGCCUGCAUAUUCGUCAUAAAAAAAAAUCGUUCCUAAUUAGAAUUACAAGUUUACAGUGACCAGUUGAUGGCAUGCUUUCUAGUUGGGAGCGAUUUGAUUUGUUACGAGCAUCGCUAGGCCGGCGGACAAUCGCGAUUUCACUGCAUUCAUAACGCGAACGAACUACAGUGAUUUUAUCCCUAUUAAAAAGUUAGUGGUGCAAAUGUUGGAGGAUGGAGAGACUUGAUAUGGAUGAGAUAAAAACUUUAACUUCACUUUUUUACUGCAUUUAUUAUUUAUAUUGAAAAUUUCUUACAUUUUGAUGUGAGCGCUAAGAAUGGCGGCUAGGAAGAGACAGCAGUGUUGCCACACGCAGGAGGCGAUUCAAACUAUAAAGUAGGUUCUACACCACUGGACACUUACUUAGGUGUGUUUCACACAAGUGGUAAUGUACUUCUAUGGAUGCUGCCGCCACUGAGAGAGCUAUCUUUAUCCUUAUGUAUGGUGGUUUCUUACACAUUGACAAUUUGAUAUGAUUGUUAGGGUUGACCUCAAGUACCUGAUGGUUAGUGAAGGUAGGUCUAAGUUAUACACUAUGAUCCAGAGAUGCACUAUCACACUAUGCCAGUGCUUCGAUCUAAAGCUAAGCAAAAACAGCAAGUUUUUUUUUACUUAAGAAUGAUAACUACACCGUUCUUUUAUGUGCGAUUCUACUGUUAUUAUGUUUGCUCAGUCCUAUGCAUCUUACAACCUCUAGUCGAGGAAGAUUAAAUAGGUGACAUUUAUUUAUUACACAAUUAUAAUAUUACAUAUUAACACUACCUGACACUGCGAGGUUGCUUAAUGCAUCGCAACCAUAAUGUGAUUUGUGUGUUUAGUUUGAAAAUAUAUUUUUCAUUUCUCAUGCUCUGAAAGAGG